GACCCUGCGCCUAGCGGAAACUUGGACCCGGAACCGGCAUCGCGGCGCAGCCAUGGGCGCUCCCGGGGGAAAGAUCAACCGGCCCCGAACGGAGCUGAAGAAGAAGCUGUUCAAGCGGCGGCGAGUGUUGAGCAGGGAGCGGCGACUGAAGCACCGGGUGGUCGGGGCUGUGAUAGACGAAGGGCUGAUCACGCGGCACCACCUCAAGAAGCGGGCGUCCAGUGCACGUGCCAACAUUACUCUGUCUGGGAAGAAGCGCAGAAAACUCCUCCAGCAGAUCCGGCUUGCCCAGAAAGAGAAAGCAGCCAUGGAAGUGGAAGCCCUCCCAAAGCCAGCCAGGACUGGUGAACUACAGUCCAAAUCGAAAAAGAAGACAAAAGCCCCCCAGGAUGUAGACAUGGAGGACCUUGAAGAUAAGAGCUAAAUCUCUCACUUCUUCCACCAGAAGAUUCUCAGCUGGAGCCAGGAGGACUCAGUGGUUCUUUCAGAGGACUGCAAUGCUCCUUUUUGCUCUCUCAGAUUCCUCUUCCAUAAUGGCCUAGUGACUUACCCUGGAGGGAUGUGUUGAAAGGAAGAGGAUGGAGA